GUUACUGCGCCCAUCUCUGCUGUUUGAUGGCCGGAGGAAGAAGAGACUGAGAUUCUGGCUAGAAGGAAGAAAAAGAGGGACGACGACGGUGGGAAAGAGAAGACGGGGUUAUUUUGCUUUGUGUUGGAGUUUGUGUUGUACGGAAGAACGCUCAAAACGGACUCUGACACGUCUCUCUGGGUGAAACACCACCUUGUCUCUGUGCCGGUGUGUCUCCCCCUCGGCGGGUCAAAAUUGGGUUCGGGGAGUGCCGCUCCUCGGUAGCUAAACUAGCUAAAUCUGAGCGCCUCGGUGGAGAGAGGAGUAACAAGAUUUUGCUGUUUCCAGUCAAUGUGAUAGUAAACAGCGGAUACUCUCAACUGAAAGCGGGCCCAACCAGUGGAGUGUUCCUGACAGGCUGCAUCAAUCACCUGACUUCAGCCAAAAGUGAUGACCAGAAAUCCCCUAAAAAAGAAAGAUCAGCAAGAGUCUAGGCAGCGGAGCGAAGCACACCAUUAGUAGAGGAAAAUGAGUGAACUGGAUCAGCUACGCCAGGAGGCUGAGCAGCUCAAGAACCAGAUCAGAGAUGCCAGGAAAGCGUGUGCGGAUGCUACCCUGUCUCAGAUCACAGCUAACAUUGACCCUGUUGGCCGAAUUCAGAUGCGCACUAGACGGACACUGAGGGGGCAUCUGGCUAAAAUCUAUGCCAUGCACUGGGGCACUGACUCGAGGCUUUUGGUCAGCGCCUCCCAGGAUGGCAAGCUCAUAAUCUGGGACAGCUACACCACAAACAAGGUCCAUGCCAUCCCUUUGCGUUCCUCCUGGGUGAUGACGUGCGCCUAUGCCCCUUCCGGGAACUACGUCGCCUGUGGGGGCCUGGAUAACAUCUGCUCAAUCUACAACCUGAAGACCCGUGAGGGAAAUGUGCGUGUCAGCCGUGAGCUGGCUGGGCACACAGGUUACCUGUCCUGCUGUCGCUUCCUGGAUGACAACCAGAUUGUCACCAGCUCUGGUGACACCACCUGUGCUCUGUGGGACAUUGAGACUGGUCAGCAAACGACUACAUUUGCUGGCCACACCGGUGACGUCAUGAGUCUCUCUCUGGCGCCUGACACCAGGCUGUUUGUGUCCGGAGCCUGUGAUGCCUCAGCCAAGCUCUGGGACAUCAGAGAAGGAAUGUGCCGACAGACCUUCACUGGCCACGAGUCAGACAUCAAUGCCAUCUGCUUCUUCCCCAAUGGCAACGCCUUUGCCACGGGCUCAGAUGAUGCAACGUGCCGGCUGUUUGACCUGCGUGCUGACCAGGAGCUGAUGGUUUACUCACAUGACAACAUCAUCUGCGGUAUUACCUCCGUAGCAUUCUCCAAGAGUGGCCGCCUACUGUUGGCUGGCUACGACGAUUUCAACUGCAAUGUCUGGGACACUUUGAAGGCUGACCGUGCAGGGGUCCUGGCUGGUCAUGAUAACCGGGUGAGCUGCUUGGGUGUGACCGACGAUGGUAUGGCAGUGGCAACAGGGUCCUGGGACAGCUUCCUUAAGAUCUGGAACUAGAAUCUGAAGAUGGCAUCCGGACUCCUAAGUUGAGUGGAAGACCAUUCCAACAUCACCAUGUUCAAUUUUAUUGCAUAUCCAAUCUUUUCAAAAACACCAUGACACUGACUCCAAACACCCCAAAAAACUAUCAAGGGCAAGAAUUUUCUUUCUUUCCUUCUCAUUUAAAAGAGCACAAUUGUCUGUCACUCAUUCAGCUACAAUAAAAAGAAAAAAUACAGCUUGAGGAAUUCAGUUGUUUCAAAAUGGAACGGAGGGGAAAAUUGUGCAACCUUCCCAUGUCCAUGGUCUGGUAUUAUAGUAAGUGAAAAUACAAACACCCCGCCAGUGCUGCCACCACCACCAAGCUAAUGUGUCCUGCAUCCUCACACACAGGGCUCAAUGAAUAAGGUUAUUACAGGACAGUAAUCUAACUCUUAAUAGCUUUUUGGCCAUAAUGAUUCUUGUUUCUUUGUCGUUUUUAUAGUUUUUUUUGUUUUGUUUUGUUUUGUUUGUUUUUUUUGUUUGAGAGGGGCAGUGAACUGUCAGUUAAUGUUUAAAAUGAGGAUCAAAGCUUUGUUUUAUUUUCUAGUCUUUACACAUUUUAGAGAAUGUUUUUAAGUUGAAAACUAAAAGAACCUCCAGAUCAUGUCAGUUUAAAUCCAGGUAUAUCCAACUGGAGAGCAAAGAAUUCAACUUCAACAGGGAGUCCUCAAGCCACUUCUGGCCCUACUGUAUAUUUAGUCCCAAGAUACCUUUACUUUCUUUUUUCCAGUGUAGUACACAAAUCUUUGUUUGCACAAAAUUAAACUUUGCAUAUAUAGAAUAAUGUCUAAAGAAAAAGUUAACUAACCAAGCACAUGCUGUUUAUGAUAAUGAAUGCUUGUUUUUAAAUUGAAAAACAAACAAAAAAAGCCCAUUUUAAUCAUUCUUACACCUUUUUGUCUGCUGACAGUGUAGAAUAAUUAAAUGACAAUUAACCCAUCGGAACAUAAUCCACCCACCUCAUCAUUUCAUUUCAUUCUCCUUUAAUUUAGUUUUGUUUUCCCUGGUUUUUGUUGCCCGUGGUUGGGAACCGGUCAUGUGAUUUGGUCGGGUAGGGAGAACCUCCACUUUAGCCCGGUUGCAAUCCGGACGUUUCUCUUUUAACAGAGGUGCCCAUUCCGUGCUUGGAAAUGCAGUUACUACUCUGUGAAUGACAUGUUGUAUAAAUCAAUGUUUGAAAAUAAUGAUAUUGAAACUUUUUAAGUUAAAAAUGGAAAAAAAAA